AUCCACCACACACUCACAUUCACAGCAAACCCGACGGUGAUAACAGUGUAUUGCAGAACUUCACGUUGGUUUCAAAGUAAACGUCAUGGUGAAAAGCGACGUGGAGGUGACUAUAAACGCGGAGGAGGCUCCAGUGGCAAGUGGGCCUAAACCAGCCAAGAAAAAGAAAAAUAAGAAAAAAAAGAAUAAGCCUGGCAAAUACAGUGUUCUUGUGCUAGACGCUGUCAAAAAGUUGAAUGAGCGAAGCGGUUCGUCUUUGGUAAAAAUUUAUAAUGAAGCCAAGAAGGCAAGCUGGUUUGAUGAGCAGAAUGGGCGAACCUACCUGCGGUAUUCUAUCCGAGCGCUGGUACUCAACAACACGCUGAUCCAAGUGAAGGGCAUGGGGGCGAACGGUUCCUUCAGGCUCAAUGAAGAUAAAUUCGCGAAAGAGGUACCGAAAAAGACUCAGUCCAAGCCAGCCAAGACCACCACGAAAACUGCCAAAGCAUCGACUACCAAGAAGGCAACCGUCAAGCCAAAGGCGAAGAGCAGCCCGAAGAAGGCACCAGAUGCAAAGAAGCCCGCGGCUAAAAUGAAGAAGCUGGGUGUCAAAAAGGUGAUCGCUGCACAGAAGAACAAGAAGCCGAAGAAAGCCAGCAAGCCACCAACCAAGUCACCGAGGAAGAAGUAGCCUUGUCGCUAUCAAAUACAGAACUUUAUUUGAGAUUUUUAUUUUUACACAUUUUUUGUUGUAGUUUUUUUUCUUACGUGGUUGGUUUCACUGGCAUACAAUGCAUAAUCAACGGAUUAUUAUAGGCUAACAGUUGUUUUCUAUGUUUAUUCUCUGCAAGGCAAUGAUUGGCUCAGUGGCGUAUUGUCAGAGGGACCAUGAGUGUAGUGUUGCUUUGAAUAACAGGCAACGCCCCCAGUUUUAUGUUGUCACUUGUCAGUUCCAGAGAUGCCCUGCUCUGCUACAAAAUGUUACAUUGUAACAAAUAUGUUUUUACUUUUACCCAAAGGUUUCCCCUUACGGAUAUGACCAGGAAAUCCUAAUCGUGGCUCUUCAUUCUUUUCGAGGUGGCUGACAACAUUGCGAAAGUGUAUUUGUAAUUCUGAGAAACUGAUGGUUUAAAAGACUUUGUCUAUUUGAUGAGCAUUGUAUUGUCUCUUCGGUACACGUGGCAUUGAAGUGAUUGUUAAUCUCUGUGAAUAAAUACCUUAAAACGG